UAAAUGAUUUUGGGAUUAACUUGUUUGUUUUAUGAUAUUUUGUGAGGGAAUAAAAUGAGUAAAUGUUGACAGAAGAAGAAAAAGUAAUAAUGAGCUGUUGAAAGUUGAAUAAUUGAAGAAUCUCUCCAAGCCAGUUACUGUGUUCCUGUCCCUCUUAUCUCUUCUCCGCUACACACUCAAUCACCGCCUCUCUUCUCCCCUCGGAAAGUCUCCGCCGCAAUCGACUGGAGGAUUGGCUCUCCACUGGAUGUUCUCAUGGCCGAUUACCGGCAGAACCAGCCAACUAAAGGCACAACGGCGUCGAUUAACCAAUGGACGACCGACGAUGACGCGUCCGUGAUGGAAGCCUUCAUGGGCUCCGAUCACUCUGCUCUCUGGCCACCGGCUACUCCGCACCAGCAAUUAUCCGGCGGGGCCCACCCCCAGCAGCCGGCGGCCGCGCAGUCGCAGUUCAACGAGGAUACUCUCCAGCAGCGGCUCCAGUCCUUGAUCGAAGGCGCGAGAGAGCCCUGGACCUACGCGAUAUUCUGGCAGCUCUCGUACGAUUUCCCCGGAGGCGACGGCACCGCCUUGCUCGGAUGGGGCGAUGGAUACUACAAAGGAGAAGAGGAUAAGGGUAAGAGCAGGAAGAAGUGUUCUUCAGCGAGCGCCGCGGAGCAGGAGCACCGGAAGAGGGUUAUAAGGGAGCUGAACGCGCUGAUUUCCGGCGGAGAAGCGGUCGGAGCCGCCGAUGACGCCGGCGACGAGGAAGUCACGGAUACAGAGGGGUUCUUCUUGGUGUCGAUGACUCAGAGCUUCCUGAACGGGACUGGGUUACCGGGGCAAGCGUCCUUAAACUCUCGAACGAUCUGGCUUGCCGGGUCGGGUGUGCUGGCCGGGUCGGGCUGUGAGCGAGCCCGUCAGGGUCAAAUCUACGGGUUGCAGACGCUGGUGUGUAUUCCAUCGGAGAACGGCGUCGUCGAGCUGGGUUCGACGGAGGUGAUCCAACAGAGCUCAGAUCUGAUGGAAAAGGUCAACACUCUGUUCCAUUUCAACGACGGUGGUGGCGAAGCGGGUUCUUGGGCGUUCAGUCUGAACCCGGACGAGGGAGAAAACGACCCGGCCCUUUGGAUUAGCGAGCCCACCACCGGAAUUGAGUCAGGUCACGUUGCUCCGACGGAGGCGAUAAACAACGGUAAUUCCAACUCCAAUUCCAAUUCCAAUUCUCACCUAUUUCCAAAGCCUGGCCAUUUCGAUAACGGCGGUAGCUCGGUCGAGAAUCCUGGUCAGAACCCGCAGAGCGAUUUGAAUUUAUCGAGUUCUGGGUUGAAUCAAAAUGGGAAUUACCCUGAUGGGUCGCGGCCAAAAUCCGGAGAGAUUCUUACAUCCAGCGAGAAAAGGAACGGAAAUGGAACCGGGUAUUCGGGUCAAACCAGUUUUAUGGCAGGGGAUAGCAAUAAAAAGAGAUCUCCGGUCUCAAAAGGAAGCAACAACGAGGAAGGGAUGCUUUCCUUCACUUGCGGCGUAGUUAUUCCCUCCGCCGCCGCGAAGUCCGGCGACUCGGACCACUCAGAUGUCGAAGCGUCGGUGGCGAAGGAAGCAGACAGCGGAAGAACCGUUGAACCGGAGAAGAGGCCGAGAAAACGGGGAAGAAAACCGGCCAACGGAAGAGAAGAACCGCUGAAUCACGUAGAGGCGGAGAGACAGAGGAGAGAGAAGCUGAAUCAGAGGUUCUACGCCUUGAGAGCCGUGGUUCCAAACGUCUCAAAGAUGGACAAAGCAUCUCUUAUCGGAGAUGCCAUAUCAUACAUCAGCGAGCUCAAAUCCAAGCUCCAAACGGCAGAAUCCGACAAAGAAGAGCUGCGGCAGCAGCUAAACAAGGAGGAAUCUGGUAAAGAUUCACGGCCACAACAACGCAGUAAAGACCGAAAGGGUGUCAUUACGAAUCAAGAUUCAGGUCUGGCGAUAGAGAUGGAGAUCGACGUGAAGAUCAUAGGUUGGGACGUGAUGAUACGGAUCCAAUGCGGCAAGAAGAACCACCCGGGUGCUAAAUUCAUGGAAGCACUCAAAGAUCUGGACUUGGAGGUCAAUCACGCCAGUCUAUCCGUGGUGAAUGAUCUCAUGAUCCAGCAAGCAACCGUGAAAAUGGGGAACCGGUUCUUCUCGCAGGACCAGCUUAAGAGGGCUCUAAUGGCGAAAGUCGGAGAAAUCCAAUGAAAAAGACUCUCUUAUCUCCAUGUGGGUAAAGGUAAGGCUUCACCCUUUAGUAGAAAGAAAAAAAAAAAGCCCAUGAAAGAUGUUAACUUUAUAGGGUAAUGUUUAUUAUUGCAAGUACCCAUUUGUUGUUGUUUGUUGUAUGUUAUUGACAUGUAACAGUCUAUUUACCUAAUGCUGAAUAAAUGACAAUUUUGAUUAAA